AUGGUUAGUCAGGCUCUGGGCGCGGGAACAACGGCGCACAGCUCCAUGGAGGUCAUCCAGUAUCCAGCCGGAUAUCCGGUAUCUAAUCCGGUAGUUAAACUCAAACUGUGCUGCCGCUGCGACGCGCGCGGCGCAUCACCGUACCACAAACUUAAAUCCAGUGUGUGGAGAUUUUUCAAAAUAUGCAAAGACGACGACAAAAAAGCUGAGUGUACACUUUGUGCCGAUGAUGUUUCAUCUUCGGUGCGGAAAAUGGUUCGUGGAAAAACGCCUAAAUCAUUUUCUACCAAACCAUUGUGGAAUCAUCUAGAGGGAAGACAUCCACAGCAUUACAAAUCAGUGAAAAGUAAUACUGAAGAGUCUGUUGACGAAAAUGAUCCGCCAAUCCCGUCUACUUCUAACUUGGCACAACAAGUGAAACGGGAAAUCCAACCUAGCCUCGAAAUGGUGAUAAGAAAGAAACAGAUGUGGUCUCUCGAUGAUCGUCGAGCCGCGGAUAUAUCGAAAAUUAUAUGUGAAAUGAUAGCACUAGAUGCUGAGCCUUUCGCAUUAGUCGAAAGAGAAGGAUUCGGUCGAUUAAUCCGGCACUUGGCUCCACAAUACCCUUUGCCAAGCAGGACGUAUUUUUCUCAAAACGUGAUGCCGAACAUAUACGAAAAGCUGCGCAGUACGAUUCAACAGACAUUGACGAGAGCAGCUUAUAUAUCUUUUACAACAGAUAUCUGGACUGCUACUGCUAAUAAUGAGUCUUUUAUUAGUUUAACCGCUCACUGCUUGUCGUCAGAAAACAUGCAAUGGGAGGUAUAUGCGCUAGAAACCAAACACUUCCCUGACAGCCAUACUGGCUACAACAUUUCAGAGGUGUUGAAUUAUGCUCUGGAGAGGUGGAAUGUUCCUAAUGAAAAAAUUCACGUUAUCGUGAGAGAUAACGCGGCAAAUAUGAUUGCCGGAACAAAUCUCAUGGUAGCAGAAAGUGUCGGCUGCUUUAUCCACUCUCUACAAUUUGUUAUACACGAUGCUAUUUUUUCGCAACGAGGUGUGGUUGACAUUCUAGGCAAGUGUCGGAAGAUAGUCACCCAUUUUAGUCAUUCUUCGCUUGCCUGCUCUAAAUUGAAGAAGAUUCAGGACAAUUCAAAGCUUUCAACACAUAAAUUGAUCCAAGAUGUGUCGACUCGGUGGAAUUCAACAUUCUACAUGCUAACGCGUCUCCAUGAACAAAAACAAGCUGUGACUGCAUAUGCAUCUGAAUACGAUAUUCCCACCUUUACUGCCAACCAGUGGAAUACAGUUGAAAGCAUCAUUCGCGUUUUGCAACCAUUCGAAGAAAUCACGAAGCAAGCAAGUGCAGAUGCUGAAGCAAUCGGGUACGUCAUUCCUGCAGUGGCAACUCUAAAUUCUUAUCUCUCGAAGCGACAGAAGGAUGCGGGAAUACUACUCCUUAAGCAAGAGUUACAAAAGGCCCUUCAAAAUUGUUUUUUAAGUUCAGAAUCACAAGGACUGAACGUGCAAAAGAGUCGGCCCUUUGUACUAGCGACCUUCCUUGAUCCGCGAUACAAAACUCACUUUCUGCAAGAUGCAUCAACGGCUCGAGGAUGGAUAAUUAGUGACUUAAUUGCAGUUAGCACCAAGGAUCUGCAAGAAACUACAAAUAGGACAGAGAAUUUGAACGCCCCACCAUCAAUCAGUGAAGUCCAGGCUGAUGCUCAUGAAAACAUAUGGAAAUGCUUCGAUGAAAUUGCCAACGUUUCGAAGUCUGACGAAGACAGCAGUCUCGAGGAGACUGAUAGUGCUUCAAAGGAUGAUUCAGAGAGGCUAGAGUUCGAGCGACAACCGAGUGAUAGAAGCCGCAAAAGAAUCGCAGCGUAUAACGCAGAAGUCGACAAAUACCUUGCUCAACCAUUGUUAGCGAGAGAGGAAAAUCCGCUACUGUGGUGGAAACUUCACGCCAAGGAGUACCCAAAACUCACACCACUUGUACUGAAAUACUUGCGUGCCCCCCCUUCUUCCGUAAAUUCGGAAAGACUGUUUAGUGCAGCAGGAAGAAUAUAUACGGAAAACAGGAAUCUAAAAUUAUCUGCUGAACAGUAUAUUGAAGAUUAUUGCUAUCCGGUUAUCCGGCCGGAUAGUAGUGCUAUCCGGUUAUUCGGUCGGAUAAUUAAAAGUAGGCUGGAUAGGCCGGAUACCGGAUAG